AUGCCGAAGAAAAGACACAAUAAUAAAUAUUCAAAGCCGCCUUCAGUUGCUCCACCGUCACUUGCCUUAUCUUCUUCGUCCCGGACGACUGAACAUCAUGAACGUUCGGUCAACCAGCUCCUCGCAGAUAUGCGACGGAGUGGCCUGAGGCAAAAUGGCGCUCAGAGCAACGUAAUCGCGGCGACUCCCACCGUACCCCCUUCGAUCCGUCAGAUCCUCCAAAUUCCCGAGACACCCGCCCCGCGACCCCGAAGACCUCAGCGCCGUGACGCCAAUGGUCGACGAGCACCACCCGGUCCACCACCUCCCCGAAGCUGGGUAUCGCUAGCGUUGUCGCAACAUGCCCCCAAGGAGCUGAAUGCUGGCAAUGCAGGGCAUAUUCAACACUGGCGUUUGCCAGAUGCCUAUACACCUGAUGCGGGUAGUCUUAUAGACCGACUUCUCCGACGAAUGGCUCAGGAUUGGGAACAGCAGCGAUAUUGGAACCAAUUCUACCUCUAUACACUUCCUAGCCAUUUGCGCACUGGAUUGUUGACCUAUGUUGCGGAAAUCUACGAACCUGGACUAUCCGUCAAAGAUCUGCGUCUUGUCCUUGCUGGUCCUUCCGACGAGAAGCUGGCUGAAUAUGACGUGGACAAGCCUGAUCUGAACUCCCUCAACGGGGACGUAUUCUACCUAGACCUAGCGGGGUCCGUGGGCAAGUCGCUAACGGUGAAAGAAUUGAACGAACUACUCUUCCCUCCCAAAGUUGAAGUCGAGCAGCCUAACCUUAAAGAUUCGUGGGACGCCCCAGAGCCUCUUUCGGGUCCAGUGAAGAUGCUGCCGAACUUGACGCGACUAUCUCUCGCGAUUGAUCCGGAGCACGCGCCUAACGUAUCUUGGAAACAACUUUUAUCGUUAGCUGGGAAGCUACCAACUCUCACACAUCUCAAUCUAUCCGGAUGGCCCGAACCGUCCUUGACACCGAAUGCCAAACUUGCUAGAGUCAUAUCCCCGGUGACCGGAAGAAGUGUACAGUAUGGCGGUACUGGACCCUAUAGCCACAACCUAGAUAACGACUGGUCGGAAGCUAUCCUGAUCCUGAAGCGCCUUAGUAAGGCUUUAUAUGGCCUUGAAUAUCUCGACUUGACAGGCUGCGGGGAUUGGUUCCCUACUCUGAUGAAAGAGUCUGAUGGGGACUUUACUGUGGAUUUUGUUGAUUGGGUGGGCGACUGGGGAAAGAUAACAACGCUGAGGCUCUACUCUGGCUAUGCUCUCACAGACGAUUCAACUGGUGACCAAAUUUCACGAUUUGCAGAUUGGAUUGAGUCCGCGACAGCAGUAGAGAAACACAUCAGAGCACAACGAGCAGGAAAGGGGCGGUGGAUAACGGUGGACAAAGAUACCCUUUUGGGGAGCGCCGAGGCGGUUUUAAAAACCCAGCGACUAAGUCAAUUGAUGUGGGGAGAUGUAGUCUAG